AUGGAAUCCCUGGUCUAUGAGGAUUCGCCAUUGGCAGACUAUCUUGAAGGUGAAGGCGAACGUGACCAAGACUGGACGUCACUACAAGUCGAGACCAACGGAGAGACACACUCACAGAACUUCGCGCCGAAAGGGAUACCGACAAUACAAACUCGCGUCCGAGACACCUUUGCCACAGCGAACGACAAGAAUUACUCACAAGAACCGAGAACCGGAGUGUUUGGCCGGAUACAUCACACAUGCUCUUCGGCAGUCAGUUCACGGAUCGGAAAGCGAGAUAAUGAGAGGUUCCUGGAACAAUUCGGCUACGUAAUAGUCGCAUCGCAUUUGCUGGACGAAUAUAAUGCCGCAUCGCACACAACCGCGGCAAAAGAUGCGCAACCGAAUAUACCAGGUCAUGACACAAUAUCGUUCUCUACCACCGUCGGUCUUACUGGAGCUGUCGUCACCAUAGUAACGUCGUUUUCAAUAGUCGGGUUAAUUCACUGGAGUCGGUCACGAACAAGCGCAGGAUUCAAUCCACGAAGAAUAGUGAUACUGCUCGUCGUAUUACCCCUGGUUGGGGCAGUUUUCUAUGCGUUUGCUAGACGGCAGUGGUUGAGGUUUGUCAGACAACAAGCGGUUCAGGGGGCUUCCAACUUUAUCAAUGGAGCUCAAAGAUUCGACUCGCUAGUUUCCUCGUCGGUGUUAUUUAUACAAGAGGUGGAACUUGUAUCUCGAGGAUACAGAAUAAGCACGCCUUUACCCCCAGUUAGUCGAUUGGAAGAAACGACCCAAGUUCGACGGUGCUUGCGAUUGCGCCGCGCUGUCUCCGAGGGUCUAUCUCUUGUACUUGAUCGAUACAUUCAAGCACAACAUACCAUCGGACUUCUUACAGACCCUUCGAACCUUGAAAAAUACUACGACAUCUACGAAAUAUCCAUGGCAGAGCUUGCUGAAGCUCGUUCCGCAUCUUUGGAAACCACAGGUGAGGACCAGUACUCGCUCAAGUGGCUCCGAAUAUUGUUUAGCCGAUUGUAUACUAUGAGACAGAGCAUUUUGUGCUGUCUUUUGGCGUUGAAGGCAGAAGGAAGCGGUAGCGAUAUUCCACCCUGGACUUGUGCGGUUGAAGAAAUGCGGAAUCUAGCAGCAGUAACGCAUGAAGCCGCAAACAAGAUUGCAAAUAUUUUGAAUGAAAAAGACAAACCUACCCCGCCUCUCUCACCCAUUCCGUCCGCAUCCACUGGUCGUGAUACCCUUCGUGCUCAGGCAAGACGCUUGAAUUCCCUCUCACAAGGUAUCCGGGCUCUUCAUGCCAAGAUGCACUUGAUGCGCGAAGAAUCAGACGAAGGCUCGACGCAGGACGCAAGCGAGCAGGACGUCGGGGCGUCUUUGAUGGCACAGUACGAAUCCAUCGGUGCCGACAUUCGAGGUCUUUUACAAGAAUGGGAAGCGGGCAAGAUGGCUCUAGUCAGUUCCUUGGAACACCCAAAUGGACUUCCCUCGUCGUCGUCAUACGAUCGCUUUUCGCGAUCAUCGUCCAAUGACCUCAAACUACCACUAUCACCAACCAGUAGCCUAGGCGGCGUUACAGCAGUAGACGGAAGUCCGACUGCAGCACUCAUGGCUCUAAACGGCGAAAUAGCAGAGAACGUCGCCGAUGCCGAAGCAGAGGAAAUAUUUGAAGCGAUCGUCAUGCCGUCAUCCCGAAAACGACAAUCUCUAACCCGAGAAGAGCGAAUUGCUCGUGUCAAAGAAGACAGAGCCCGACAGGCGGCCGCUCGCGAGAGAGCCGAUGCAAGCACGAAUAUGCUUCGAGAACUGGAGACAGUCAUCAAACAUCGACCGACGCUGAAAAACAAACCCCAACGAAUAACCAGUAUAUAA